AUGAGUAGCUUUCCAAAUCUUACGAACAACCCAACUAUCACGGGAAAACUUCUGACACCUGAUAUGUUCUCCAUACUGAAAGACAAGUGUACUUCAAAGGGGUAUGACAUUGAUAAUCUCAUCGAGUCUAGCCAACACAAUCUGUCGACAAAUUUCACUUCAAUCCCGAAUUCCGCGGGAUUGCUGGCGCGCGAUGAAGAAUGUUACGAUCUGUUCAGUGAGCUUAUUGACCCUGUUAUUGGCGAGGUUCAUCAAAUUGAUGAGAUGAAGAAUUUAAGGUCAGAGGUGCCUUCGGGGAAUCCUAUCUAUCGUUGCCAUGGCAAACACAAGAAACUUGCUUUACUUGACUAUGGCUUGAAUCCGGACUCCUUUCCGCCACAACUGUCACGUGACUGGCCUAAAGGUCGGUUCAUCUGGUUUACCGCGGGCAGACAACGCCGUAUAUUUGUUAACUUCAUUGAUCACAUGAAACUUGUCAUAACUCAGCCUGGAGGCGAUUUACAGAAGGCUUUUAGACAAUACAGCAAGCUUCUGUCGGCCAUAAAAGGAUGUCUAACACGAAAAGGAAAUAAGUUCAUGUGGACCUCAAAAUACGGAUUCUUGACGAGUUCACCACAUUAUGUUGGUCCGAGAUUUGAACGUAUAAUAGACGAGCUGCCAAUCAAAAUAGAACUUGCAGUUGAUCCACAAAUCACAGACGUAGUGUGCAUCAGUAACAAACACAAAGUGCAGCUGACAGAGGUUGAUAUUAUUCAGCAAGUUAUCAGCAGUGUCACUCUGCUUCUUGAGAUUGACAAGAGGAGAGAACAUCCUGGAUUUGCUUCCAUAGAACUUUACCUCUAG